AUGUUCAACCAAUUAAACAACAGACCUGAGAAGCACACUAAUCAUACUCAAAGUGAAUGGAGCAUAUAUUUACUCUCUUGCAUGUGGUGAUGGCCAUUAUAAAUUUUUCCAGAACAAAUGGAACAUUCUGUAGUAUGCAGGGAGAGCUUGUAUACCCACAACUGUCGAAGGAAGGGGAUAUCACGAUUGGAGCAAUUUUUCCCUUCCACAGCAUAUGGGAGAUUACUGAUUUGUCCUACUCUGUCAGACCACCUCCAGUAAAGUGCAUGAGUCUUGAUUUCAGAGCCUUCCAGUUUUCACAGACCCUGAUUUAUGCAAUAGAGGAGAUCAACAACAGCUCUUCUUUGCUGCCUGGUGUCUCACUGGGCUACAAGAUCUAUGACACCUGCAGCUCCACAGCAAUGGGGGUUAGAGCGGUCAUGGCACUUGUCAAUGGGAAUGAGAACUUAGAUUUGAAUGAGCCAUGCACAAAACCAACUGAGGUACAAGCCAUGAUUGGCGAGACAUACUCAGCAGUAUCAAUGGCUAUUGCAAACAGUAUCGGACCACUCAGUGUUCCCAUUAUCAGUCACUAUUCCACCUGUGAGUGUCUCAGUGACAAAAGGAAAUAUCCCUCAUUUCUGCGCACUAUUCCCAGUGACUAUUUUCAGAGCAGAGCACUGGCAGAGAUGGUGAAACACUUUGGCUGGACAUGGGUGGGAGCAAUCAGAAGAGAUGAUGAUUAUGGUAACAGCGGAAUGGCUGCAUUUACUGAAGCAGCAAGUGAAUUAGGCAUAUGCCUGGAAUAUUCCCUCCCAUUCUUCAGAACCUACUCACAAGAAAAAGUCCUGAGAAUAAUUCAGCAGAUUAAAAGCUCCACUUCUCGAGUGAUUAUUGGAUUUCUUGACACAUGGGACCUGGAGAUGUUGGUGCAUGUGUUUUUUGAACACAACAUCACUGGAUACCAGUGGGUGGGAACUGAGGCCUGGAUAUUUGAUCCAGAACUGGCCAAACUGGAUAGGUUCAACAUACUGCAAGGAGCUAUAGGAAUGGCUAUCUCUGAAACAACAGUAACAGGUCUACAGGACUUCAUUCUGGAUGUACAGCCACUAAAAUCUGCAGGAAAUGCUGCAUUUACUGAAUUUUGGGAGGCAAUGUUUCAGUGUACAUUUACAAUUGAAAAUGACUAUAGAAAUACAACAAUAUGCACAGGAAAAGAGAAACUGUCUGAAGUGGAAAACACAUUUACUGACAUGUCCCUGAUGCCCAUUUUCAGUAAUGUGUAUAAAGGAGUUUAUGCUGUUGCUCACGCCCUCCAUCACCUUCUUGGGUGUACAAAGACAUGCCCCACAAAAAAGCAGCCUGAUCCUUUUACUUUUUUAGAACAUCUCAAAAGGGUGCAUUUCAAAACCAAAGAGGGUGAAGAAGUGUAUUUUGAUGCAAAUGGUGAUCCUGCUGCAAAAUAUGAAAUCAUAAACUGGCAGACAACCAAAGAGCAUCAAUAUGAGUUUAUCGCUGUUGGACUUUAUGACUCUUCAUUUCCUCCAAAUGAUCGAUUAGCAGUAAACCUGAAUUCUAUUGUUUGGGCACAAAAUAGCAAUCAGAUGCCGAGAUCAGUGUGCAGUGAGAGCUGCCCUUCAGGCACCAGGAAAGCUGUACAGAAAGGAAAGCCGAUCUGCUGCUUUGACUGCAUACCAUGUGCAGAAGGAGAAAUCAGUAAUACUACAGAUUCAAUUGAAUGUGAACAAUGCAACCAAGACUACUGGUCAAAUACACGCAGAGAUGAGUGUGUGAAGAAAGAAAUUGAAUUCCUGUCCUAUGAGGAAACUAUGGGCAUUUUGUUAACAGUGGUUUCAAUUAUUGGGGCUUUAACAACUAUUAUAAUAGCAAUCAUAUUUUUUAAGUACAAAGACACUCCAAUAGUCAAAGCCAACAACUCAGAGCUGAGCUUCUUGCUGCUCUUCUCACUGACUCUGUGUUUCCUCUGUUCACUUACUUUCAUUGGUCAGCCAUCUGAGUGGUCCUGUGUGCUGCGCCACACAAUGUUCGGGAUCAUUUUUGUCCUCUGCAUCUCCUGUGUUCUGGGGAAAACAAUAGUGGUGUUAAUGGCCUUCAGAGCUACACUUCCAGGCAGUAAUGCUAUGAAAUGGUUCGGGCCUCCACAGCAGAGACUCAGUGUUCUUUCUCUCACUCUCAUACAGGUUCUAAUUUGUGUGAUUUGGUUAGCAACAUCCCCUCCAUUCCCUUUCAAAAAUCUAAAACGUUAUAAAGAAAAGAUCAUUCUAGAAUGUCACUUAGGAUCAAAUGUAGGUUUCUGGGCUGUGCUGGGUUAUAUUGGACUCUUGGCUCUAUUUUGUUUCAUUUUAGCUUUUCUGGCUCGGAAACUUCCUGAUAACUUUAAUGAAGCCAAAUUCAUCACAUUCAGCAUGCUCAUAUUCUGUGCAGUCUGGAUCACCUUCAUCCCAGCUUAUGUCAGCUCUCCUGGAAAGUUCACAGUAGCUGUGGAGAUAUUUGCUAUUUUGGCCUCAAGUUUUGGUUUACUGUUCUGUAUUUUCCUACCAAAAUGUUACAUUAUCAUAUUAAAACCCGAGAAGAACACUAAAAAGCAAAUGAUGGGAAAAGUUGCAGUUAAGUAAAGUAGGACUUUACAUAUUUUUUUAAAUAUCCUACACUAAUUAGUAAUAAAUAAAUGUAUUCACAAUAUUCUAA